AUGCCGUCCUUCCUCUCUUCUACACCUCUCCACCUGCAAAAGGCGGCCGAGUACCGUAACCCGCCACCAAAAGGCCAGCCAUAUUCUCUCACGGUCCCAAACUCCAAAGUCGAUGGCCGAACUUCCAUCUAUCGACAUCACAAGUGUCCCGAUGGCACCCUCCAGACCAUCGAUCCCUCUAUCCUCACAGGGCAUGACAUGUUCGAAUCUGCUGCGCAGCGAUAUCCUCAUUCUCCCUGUCUUGGGUGGCGGCCGUGGGACGCUUCAAAGAAUGCAUAUGGCAGUUACGAAUGGAUCGACUAUGAGACGGUCGCACAACGCCGCAAGAACUUUGGCGUUGGCCUCGUAGAAAUACACGCAAGAGAAGGAAUCACUGGGGCCCAGUACGGGAUCGGCUUAUGGUGUCAAAACAGACCGGAAUGGCAACUCACCGAUCUCGCAUGCAUGUCUCAAUCGCUCUUCUCGGUCUCAUUGUACGAUACCCUCGGUCCAGACACAUCAGAGUACAUUAUCCGACACGCCGACCUGGCCUGCGUGGUGUGCUCUCUGUCCCACGUCCCGACGUUGUUGAAGAUCAAGCCCAGGCUAUCAAAGUUGAAGGUACUGGUCGUCAUCGACCCUCUGGAAUCCGGCAGCGAGAAGCCAGAACUCUCCAAACAGGCCCUCUUGGACAAGUUUGCGGCAGAUGUAGGCUUGAAGAUAUACUCUCUUGAUACCGUGGAGAAGUUGGGCGCAUCGCUCGAUCGACCGGUCAAUCCGCCUCGGCCAGCCGACCCGAUCACGAUAAACUACACCUCUGGGACGACAGGUCCUCCCAAGGGCGUUGUGCUCACCCACGCCAUGGCGGUUGCGGCGACCUCGUCCUCUCUCGUCAGUUCCAGCUCGGACAACAAGUCUAGUAUUCUCUCGUACCUCCCCCUUGCGCACAUCUACGGGCGUCUUAUCGAACACUCGGCGCUGUGGUCGGGAAGUCGGAUAGGUUACUUCCACGGCAAUGCUCUCGAACUCGUCGAAGAUCUCAAAUGCAUCCGGCCGACCACCUUUGCCUCGGUGCCGAGACUGUUCAACCGCUUUGGUGGCGCGAUCAAAGCGGCCACCGUGGAACAGCCUGGUGUGAAAGGUUCGUUGUCGCGGUAUAUUGUGCGUACUAAGCUCGCGAACGCGAAUCCAAACACCGCCCAGAACCCUACAUACUCACACCCGGUCUACGAUCGCGUGUGGGGAAAGAAGGUUGCAUCAGCGCUGGGACUCGACCGGGCAAAGACCAUGGUGUCUGGAAGUGCGCCGCUGGAUCCGUCCCUGCAACAGUUCCUGCGCGUCGUUUUCUCGGCACGCGUCUUCCAAGGUUAUGGGCUUACUGAAACAUAUGCGAUUGCCUUAACGCAGCCGACCGACGACUUCAGCGUGGGCAACUGCGGCGCUGUGACGCCGUGCAACGAAGCCUGCCUCCUCUCGGUUCCGGACAUGGAGUACACGGUUGAGGACAAGCCGUACCCGCGCGGCGAACUUCUCCUGCGCGGAUCGAGCGUGUUCACGGGCUACUUCAAGAAUGAAGAGGAGACGGCCAAGUCGUUCACCGAGGACGGCUGGUUCAAGACGGGUGACAUCUGCAGCGUCGACGAGCUGGGCCGCUUCCGCAUCAUCGACCGCCGCAAGAACGUCCUCAAGCUCGCACAGGGCGAGUACAUCUCCCCGGAGCGCAUCGAGGGCGUGUACCUGUCCAGCUGCUCGUACCUGGCGCAGGCGUUCGUGCACGGGGACAGCGUGCAGACGUUCCUCGUGGCCAUUCUGGCCGUGCAGCCCGAUACCUUUUCGGUCUUCGCGUCCAAGCUGCUCGGCAAGGAAAUCGCCCCGACAGACAUGGCCGCGAUCCAGGCCGCGUGCGACGACCCCAAGGUCAAGGCUGCCGUGCUCAGCGACCUCGACAAGGCCGGGCGCAGGAAGAAGUUCGCCGGCUACGAACGCGUGCGCAACGUCAAGCUGUACAUCGACCCGUUUACCAUCGACAACGAGUUACUCACGCCGACGCUGAAACUGAAGAGACCGGUGGCCGCCAAGAAGUUUAGAGACGUCUUGGAUCAGUUGUACGCGGAGGGUUUGGAGAUGGAGAAACAAGGUGCUGGUGCCGGGAAAGCCAGGGCCAAGCUGUGA